GGGAGGGAACCCGGAAGUUGGCCGCCCUGUGGGGUUUCAGUGCGGUCCCGGGAGGGCGGUGAUCCCAAGGUGGCUAGGGAGGGAGAGCUGCAGGACCCGUACCGUUGCCCCUCUCAGAGAGGGAAGCUGGUUUGGCCAGCCCGCGAGUGAAAGCGCUGUUCUCCAGUCCCAAAGGGAAGGGUGGGAUGGACGGGCCCCUAACUCCCAGAGAGUCCGCAAAAUUCAUUGCAGAGAAUAGUCGGGAUGUGUUCAUCGACGGCGGAGGCGUGCGGAGGGUGGCCGAGCUCCUGCUCGCCAAGGUCUCGGGCCCCGAGCUGGACCUGGGGGGCUGGAAGGCACUUCACGAGCUGAAUCCCAGGGCCGCUGACGAGGCCGCAGUCAACUGGGUGUUCGUGACAGACACGCUUAACUUCUCUUUCUGGUCGGAGCACGAAGAGCACAAAUGUCUGGUGGCCUAUAGGGGGAAAACGUACAGCGGGUACUGGUCCCUGUGCGCCGCGGUCAACAGAGCUCUCGACGAAGGGAUACCUAUAACCAGUGCCUCCUACUAUGCCACAGUGACCCUGGAUCAGGUUCAGCAUAUAUUCCGUUCUGACACGGACGUUCCGAUGCCUUUGAUCGAAGAGAGGCAUCGGAUUCUUAAUGAAACCGGGAAAAUUCUGCUUGAGAAGUUUGAAGGCUCUUUUCUUAAUUGUGUCCGAAAAAGUGAAAAAAAUGCACAGAAGUUAAUGCACCUGGUAGUUGAAAGCUUUCCUUCUUACAGAGAUGUGACUCAGUUUGAGGGGAAAAGAAUUUCUUUUUACAAACGGGCCCAAAUCCUCGUAGCGGAUACGUGGAGUGUGUUAGAGGGGAAAGGAGACGGCUGCUUUAAAGACGUCUCCAGUAUCACCAUGUUUGCCGACUAUAGAUUACCUCAGGUUCUUGUUCACCUGGGAGCCCUGAAGUACUCCAAGGAACUACUGGAAAAGCUACUCAAAGGAGAAAUGCUCUCAUACGGAGAUAGGCAAGAGGUAGAAAUCAGAGGGUGCUCGCUUUGGUGUGUUGAGCUGAUCCGGGAUUGUCUUCUGGAGCUGAUUGAAAAAAAGGGUGAAAACACUAGCGGGGAGAUCAAUUCUGUUCUUCUGGAUUAUUAUUUGUGGGACUAUGCCCGUGACCACAGAGAAGAUAUGAAGGGAAUUCCUUUUCAUCACACGCGCUGCAUCUAUUAUUGACCCAAAGUGCAAACGGAUCCAAAGAAAACUUGCAUUUUUGUAUCACAUAAUCAUUUGUACAGUUUUGCCUUAGUAUUAAGAGAAGGUAGUAGGCGUGAGAGCAACAAGAAAUGUGAUUACCCAGUCUCACUUAAAAAAUGUUUCCUGACCUGUUACUCUGCGUUCCCAACUUUUGUCUGCUUGUUGAGUUUUGAUCACAUUUUCCCUUUCUGUUGGCACAUGACAGGAAUAAUGAAGGAACUGUAAUGCUUUCUUUAAUCUCACAUCUCUUAAAAUUAAUCAUGCUUUAUAAUGUGAUUAGUCAUCAGUGAUAAUAUUUCAUCCAUUCAAUUGGUAUCUUUUCUUAAGGUGUACCAGUUUCUUAUAUACCUUAAUCCUUUGAUAUGGGGGGUAGGGUCUUUGCUGUAUGAAAGCUGCGGCUUUUGUACAAAUCAAUCUUGACAGCUUAUUUUAAGCUUCUCAUUGGUACUGACAAUGGUUUUUGUACAUAGUGAUUGUCAGUUUAGGAAAGCUAUCUAAUAUUCCUUUUUUUUUUUUCCUUCAGUGUAACUAUAUUGAAAUUGAAUAAAGGUUUUAAAAUUUUUUCUUAAA